CGCCACGACGUCUGGGGAGCGCGCGCGCCGCCGCGGGGCCGGGCGGAGCGUUGCUGGUGCUGGUGGCGUCCGGGGCUGGAGGCUUGGCGAAGAGGGCUUGCGGCGGCUUGUCGGGUUGUCGUUUCGUGGCUGCGGAGGCCGCCCGCUCCUGGUCAUGAGAGGAGGAGUCCUGAAGCAAAGACAUCUUAGAGAAAAACUAUUCAAGGGCCAUGCAGGCCAGCUGUAACCAACUGCUCGACCCUCCAGGCAGUGCGCAUGAUAGAGAUGCCUCAGCCUCCCAGUGUGUUCAUCCGUCAAAAUCCACAGAAGGCUCUCUUCACCCUGGAGAUGUGCAUAUCCAGAUAAACUCCGGACCUAAAGAAUUUCCUGAAAAUCCAAGCUCUAGAAAUACAAGGUCAGGUGUCUGUACCUGUGCCCGUGGGUGUGUGCACAGUCGCUUCCGGAGUCACUCCCACAGUGAACCAAGGCCCCCUGAUGACUUCGCCACAGAGUCUGGAGAACAUGGAAGUGGCUCCUUCUCAGAAUUCCGUUAUCUCUUCAAGUGGUUGCAAAAAAGUCUUCCUUAUAUUUUGAUUCUGGGUAUUAAACUUGUUAUGCAGCAUAUAACAGGAAUUUCUCUUGGAAUUGGGCUGCUAACAACUUUUAUGUAUGCAAACAAAAGCAUUGUAAAUCAGGUUUUUCUAAGAGAACGGUCAUCAAAGAUUGAGUGUGCUUGGUUAUUGGUGUUCCUGGCAGGCUCUUCUCUUCUUCUGUAUUACACCUUUCAUUCUCAGUCACUUUAUUACAGCUUAAUUUUCUUAAAUCCUACCCUCGAUCAGUUGAGCUUCUGGGAAGUUCUUUGGAUUGUUGGAAUUACAGACUUCAUUCUGAAAUUCUUUUUCAUGGGUUUAAAAUGCCUAAUUUUAUUGGUGCCUUCUUUCAUCAUGCCUUUUAAAUCAAAGGGUUAUUGGUACAUGCUUUUAGAAGAGUUAUGUCAGUAUUACCGAAUUUUUGUCCCCAUUCCAGUUUGGUGUCGGUACCUUAUAAGCUAUGGGGAGUUUGGUAGGGUAACUGGAUGGAGUCUUGGGAUAUUGCUGGCUUUACUCUACCUCAUACUAAAACUUUUGGACUUUUUUGGACAUUUGAAAACUUUCAGACAGGUUUUGCGAGUCUUUUUUACGCGACCAAGUUAUGGAGUGCCUGCCAGCAAGAGACAGUGUUCCGAUAUGGAUGGUGUUUGUUCCAUAUGUCAAGCUGAAUUUCAGAAGCCAGUUCUUCUCAUUUGUCAGCAUAUAUUCUGUGAAGAAUGCAUUACCUUAUGGUUUAACAGAGAGAAAACUUGUCCACUGUGCAGAACUGUGAUCUCAGAACGUAUAAACAAAUGGAAAGAUGGAGCCACUUCAUCUCACCUUCAGAUGUACUAAGUUGUACAAACUAUCAAGGCCUCAAGACACUAGUUUUAUCUGGUUUGGUAACUAUUGAUACAGGCAUCACAAAUGGUUCCCAGGAGUAGGAUAAUUUUUUUCAAGGUGAUUUUAGGGUAUCACAAGACAUAUAUUUGUAGUUCAGUUUCUCAAAAGAUUAAGUGCAAGGGCCCUGCACUUUUAACUAUAUGUUCAAUUUAAUAAAUAUGCAACUUUUAUUCCACUUAUUUGACAGAUAAUUGCAGUGUUAAAUUGGAAAUGUGUUUUCUUGUCAAUAAUACCCAAACAGCAAUUAGAAACUAGAAUUAGCCAUUUAAAGGGGUGCAGGUACUGCUUCCUGACAUGGUUUUCAGAAUAAAGAUUUUGCAUAGUAUUUUAAGAUACAUAGUAUCUGAGAUGAGACAAUUUUCAUCAGACUUUUAUAAUUCCCAUUCUAAAAAGGCUUAAAAUUUUCAUAAAAUUGUAUUUUUAAAUGAAAGUUCUAAAUGCUAUAUUUUACCGAUAACAAUCACAUUUUCUAAGUGAAGAUUUACUGAGGAUAUAUUUUAAUACUGUAUUAUGCUCUAUAAUUAAUGACUAGUAAUCAGUGAGAAUAAAUGAUUGAGAUUCA